AUGGGGGGAAAGAGCAGGGAGGAGGAGAGGAGGAAGCAGGGAGGAGGAGAGGAGGAGUAUGGGGGGAAAGAGCAGGGAGGAGGAGAGGAGGAGUAUGGGGGGAAAGAGCAGGGAGGGGGAGAGGAGGAGUAUGGGGGGAAAGAGCAGGGAGGAGGAGAGGAGGAGUAUGGGGGGAAAGAGCAGGGAGGAGGAGAGGAGGAGUAUGGGGGGAAAGAGCAGGGAGGGGGAGAGGAGGAGUAUGGGGGGAAAGAGCAGGGAGGGGGAGAGGAGGAGUAUGGGGGGAAAGAGCAGGGAGGGGGAGAGGAGGAGUAUGGGGGGAAAGAGCAGGGAGGGGGAGAGGAGGAGUAUGGGGGGAAAGAGCAGGGAGGAGGAGAGGAGGAGUAUGGGGGGAAAGAGCAGGGAGGAGGAGAGGAGGAGUAUGGGGGGAAAGAGCAGGGAGGAGGAGAGGAGGAGUAUGGGGGGAAAGAGCAGGGAGGAGGAGAGGAGGAGUAUGGGGGGAAAGAGCAGGGAGGGGGAGAGGAGGAGUAUGGGGGGAAAGAGCAGGGAGGGGGAGAGGAGUAUGGGGGGAAAGAGCAGGGAGGGGGAGAGGAGGAGUAUGGGGGGAAAGAGCAGGGAGGGGGAGAGGAGGAGUAUGGGGGGAAAGAGCAGGGAGGGGGAGAGGAGGAGUAUGGGGGGAAAGAGCAGGGAGGAGGAGAGGAGGAGUAUGGGGAGAAAGAGCAGGGAGGAGGAGAGGAGGAGUAUGGGGGGAAAGAGCAGGGAGGGGGAGAGGAGGAGUAUGGGGGGAAAGAGCAGGGAGGGGGAGAGGAGGAGUAA